UGUUUGGAUACCAAGGACAAUAAUUAAUUGGAAAAUGUCCGGUAGUACCGAGACAGCAAACAUAUCGUCGCUUGGGAAGGGCGACAGUUUGCAUCAACAGGUCCUCGCCUCCUUUCCACUGUGUCACAUGACUGAAGAAGAUCUGAUCCAGAACCCGCAGUUUUGUAAACUCCUGGCCACUCUGGCACAGCAUGUGGAUCAAACCGGACUCACCGCUCCGCUGAAAACAGAGCUGGACAAGGCUGAAAAGAAGCUGCAGAUUCAGAAACUUCAAUGGCUGCGCUCUGAGAGCCUGCACAGAGGGCUGCAGGAAAUGAUCCAGAACCACUGUGUCAGGAAGCACCAUGCCACUGUACCCCCUGACCAGAACAUGUUCUAUGAGACGAUGGAGAGGUGUCUACUGGUGGCUCAGUGUGUCAGGCAGCUGGAUCCCAGUAACACAACAAACCAGGACCAGCCGUCGAUCCUGGGCCUGACCCCCCAGCUCGUGAUGGAGCUCAUGCCUUCCGAGAAGAAUGUACAAAGAAUGAAACAGGGUCUACCAAGACAGCUGGAGAAACAUCUCAAAGAAAAGUGUCUGAGCCUUCUCUCUUACUAUCAGCCUGAAUGGGAGCAUGAGAGCGAGGGUCUAAAGAUGACCAAGCUGACUUAUCUGUCAGCACAGCUGGACAAAGAGAAGAAAAGAGCAGAAAGUCUGAAGGAGACGUGCAGAGAAAACACAGUUCUUCUGCAGAGACAGACUGAGCUCUACCUCACUGAGCUGACAAAGUGCAUUCAGCUUCUCCAGUCUUUCAUCUUGAACCACAGGCUGAAGAUCCAGACAGAUCUGGACAGGAAGAAAUUGGAUUACUUUGAAGGCAAAUGUGAAUUAAUCUUGCAGAAGAUAAGGGCGGAGAUGGUGGAAAUCCAGCUGGAUACAUACACACCUGACUCGAUAUCUGCUCACAGAAAAAUAAGGGAGAAGCUGGAGUCUGAGCUGAAGGCGUGUAAAGUGGAAAAGCAGUCUGUCGAGUUGAAGCUGGCCUCCUUCGAGAUCUUGGGCAAAGACUUUGAGGCGCUGGCCGAGGAGUACUGCAGAUUACGGCAGGAGAUAGAGAUGAAGAACUGGGCACUGAAAGAAUUCACCCAGUAUAAUGACUAAGUGAAGGGCGUAUCUGAUGCUGACACAUGCCAGCCUUGCCCUCAUCCCGCUCUGGAAUUCCACAGAAUGACAUGCUGGUUCAAGCUUUUUAGUUUAAACCUGCUUUGUUCAUUUUCCAGCCCCACACUUUUAUCCUCAGACUAGGGCAGCAUUGCAUGAUUCACAGUUCAAAACAGAAACAGUCUGAUUCUUCUUGACAUCAUCUACGAGCUGUCCAUUGACUCAGAAGGACGCCUGUAUCUUGAUUAAUUAUUGAUACUUUGCUGAGAUCAUCAUGAUGAGGGCAUGAAUAUGAAUUUGUGACAAGAAGAUGCAAAAUUGCAUUUUUUUUAAUCGCCCUGCAGUCAUAAAGAAUCCUUCCAAAAAUUCUGGAUCCGCAUUAAGUUGACUCCGAAUCCUUUGCUGGACAAAAUGUUUGCAUGACCUCCACAUGUUUAUGAGUAAUGCAGCGAUUUAUGAAGCUUCAUUUCUAUUCAUUUGAAUA